GACGAGGGGAACAGGCAGGUUUUCUACAUCUGUGUGCGUGGGAUUGGCUGGUCCUUCAACACCCCCACCCUUGGCUGUUGGAGCUCUCUCCAGGGGGAGAUGACGUGAGGAGGAUUCAGACAUCACCCGCUCUCAGCUCCAUCUGGUCCUGGUUCCGGUCGGUCGGAUCGUCGUCCUGCCCGCGCGGAGGUGCUUUCAGCUCGUAAUGAGUCAUCAGAGGAGUAAAGGAGGUGCAGAGGAGAGCGGAGAAGGAGGAGGAGCCCGGAGCAAACUGCCAAGACUGAAGAUCCCCUCAAAGAUCUGGAAGAACCGCAAACUGCACAACAACAAUGAAGGGGAUGAGGUCGAGCAGGUGCAAGUGGAGCAGGAGGAGCAGCUGGAGGAGUCAAGCAGGAGGCUGAUAGAGAGGGAGGAGGACCUGUUCAGACAUGACUCGGUCAAUGAGGAAGAGGAGGACGAGCUGCACAAAGACUUCAAGGCUCUGCAACUGAAGCUGUGGAAGGCCAUCAAUGACACCUUCACCCCCUCCUCCACCUCCUCCUCUGCAGGGGAGCUGGGGGUCCUGAGGAGUGCCAUGGCGUCCAUCCAGCAGCAGGAGGCGCAGGACCAGCGCUGGAGAGACUGUCAGGAGGAGCAAGUCCCAAGAUGGCGUCCUCAGAAAUGUCUCAGCAUCCACAACAUACUGCUCCAGAACAUGGUGGAGGGCCGAAUAAAGGAGGCUGCCGAAGACACCUCGGGAGGAACCGACCGGCUCUCCUCACCUGUGAAGAGACAGGUGUGUCGAGUGGGAAGAUGUGUGAAGGAAGACCUGCUGAUGGUGGUGAGGAGGGUGAAGAACUGCUACCCUCCCCACAUAGACAUCAUGAACCUCUACGCCGGCCUGUACCAUCAGGAGUUCUCGGUCCGCCUCACUCAGCUUACCACUGCAGGGCUGGACGACGAUGACUGCAGCUACCUGUUGUCCUGGGUCAACCAGUACUACCCACAUGAAAUCCUGGAACAUACAGAGCUGGAUGGACAGAUAAAGGUGCCCUGUCUGGGUUCUCUGCUGCCGCAAGAUGAGCUGAAGCGGCUGGAGGAGCAGUACCUGACCCACAAAGAGGAAAAGGUGAAGCUGUGGCUGAACACUGCCCUGAAGAAGGAACAGGAGAACUGGCUGAGUGGAAGGACACCCGAGAUCAUCGAUGGUUAUUACUUCAGUCCUCUGGCUGUAGACGUCAUACAGGUGAUGACCGGUUCCCUGUCUGAGUUCAGCUGUGCCAUCAAAGACCAGAGAAAAGUUCAGAGGCUCACAGUUCAGCUGGAGAACUUCCUGUACAGCUAUGUGAAGUGUGUGGAGGAGUUUGUGAAGGGAAACCAUGGUAAUGUCCGCUCGGUGGUCAAAGCUCAGCUGGUCUGCGAGCAGCAGCUCAGGGAUUACAUCACAGCUGAAACAGGAAAUCUGUCUGAGGAGCAGAAGCACGGCUGUCUGAAUGCACUGUCUGCCCUGAGGGAUUGUGGGUACAGGUAUCUCACCUGUCCUCUUCACGUUAAACUGAAGAAGGUGUGUUGGAGUCAGCUGUGGACGCCACGAUGGCUGAAUGGCUCACUUCCUCUCGUUGACUUGCUCCUGGACUCUCUGAGCCAACAGCUGGUCGACCUGACUGACCUGAAACCAGUCUGCAGAGAGUUGCUCCUUUGUGACCUGCAUCAGGAUGUGGUCCUUAAGUAUGUGAAGAGGAUGAUGAAGACUAAGAUGAAGAGCAAGGAGCAGUGGACUGCCGGAGCUCAGCGGAUGAUUGAAGACGCCAAAAAGAUCAGCAGCUUCUUCUCAGAGAAGGGCUGCAGCAAGGCCUCGUGGCUCUUCGAGAUAGUAUGCAAACUUGCAGAGGUCCUCCGUCUGCAGGAUCCUGCUAGCAUUCAGCUGGAGCUCGUCACUCUGGCCCGGAACUUCCCCGACCUCAGCGGCGCGCAUGUCUCGGCUCUCCUGUCUCUUAAAAUUGGCCUCUCAGCUGCUGACGCUCGCUCUAUCAGACGCAGUGUGGAGGAGAAUCGCCACGGUGAUGUCUCCACCAAUCACAGUCCUCCGUUCUUCUCCAAGGUCAAAGUCAAAUGGAUUGACAACAAGAUGAAUCAGAUGGGACUGUAGGUAUAACCGCAUGAUGUUAGCGGUUCAGGAUGUGAGCAGUGUUUCCUGUAUGCUACCCUCCUUUUUCAUCUUAAUGCAAACAAGUAUUUUAUUGUGAAAGGUGCUGCUGGAGCCCAUGAUGAAGGACAGAGCAGCAAACACAACGGCUAUGUCCAAAUUCAGGGGCAGCAUGUUUCGAAGGACCCGACCUAACUGGUCCACGUAGGGUGGGUCCUUCGAAAGCUCAUCUCACACUUCUGUUUGAUGUUUAUUCAGCUGUGUGUAAACUAUAACUUUAAUCUCAACCAAACCGAUUUACUUAAGAACAAAUAAAACACUGAAAAAAGAAUAAACAAUAACAUUUUUAAGUUAUCUAUUUGACUUAUAUAUCAUGUUUAACCUGAGUAGCGGAAGACUGCAGGGGUCUGAAAACAAUGUGCCGGGAGUCCGGUGUUCUCACCGGCUCUAGUGAGCCUUGACCUCCCAGUCAGCUAUCGAGCUGGUGGGUAACAGCAAAUAUUGGAGCACUUUUGCAAAUAUGUGAUGUCUUGAUACACUGAGCAUAUAUUUGAAGUUAACACAGCUACAUUCUCACCAGAAAAUAUCUUAAAAGUUUAUUUUGUGACCCAGAAAGAGUAAUAUUAAAACUAAGUAGCUGCCGCCAUUGUUAGAAACUGGAUUUGGCUAGGCUGCGCUAUGAUUUCUGGGAUAGGGUGGGCCACGAAGGAUACACCCGACCCAUCCUUCAAAUCUGGGGAAAAGGAGGACGCAUUUGUCGCCGCAUUUGGAGGAGUCUUCGAAUUUGGACAGCCUUCGUCGCGUCGCUGUGAUGCAAUUACCUACAAAUGCUGCCCCUUAAUUUGGACACACCAUAUAUCGUUAGAAAUUCUCGAAAGCUGUGCAGCUGCUUUCUGCUUUCUUCUGAUUGGCUGGUUUCUGGAAGAAAUCUGUGAGUGGACUCUAAUGUCCAACAGGUGUGCUCACCUGCCACUGAAAGAACGCCAGGAAUGAUUUCCUGAAGCAUCGGCACUAAAUGCGUCUGAGGAGGCGUUAUGUUUGUCCCACCCUGCACCUCAUCAAUCACGCUGCUGUGACAUCACAGACAAACUUUUAUUAUGCUGCUGUUGCAACGCCAGCAACAUGGCAAACAAAGGCAACAUGGCAACCAACAGCAAGCUGCUCUCUGACCAGCUUCGUUCGACAGAACCACAGAGAAAAGGGAGGGGUCAGGAGGACAGAGGAGGAGUCAGGAGGAGACGGGAGGAGACGGGAGUUGUCAGGAGGAGAUGGGUCACACACACUCAAAGUUGUUUUCAUAUCUUAGUGAGGACAUCUAAUUGACAUAAUGCUUUCCCUAGCUCAGGGGUCGGCAACCCGCGGCUCCGGAGCCGCAUGCGGCUCUUUAGUCCUUAUAGUGCAGCUCCGCGUGG